AAACGAUUACCGAAAACACGUAGCAUCGACUUCGGCAUUAAAAUGGCCGACCUUACAGAUGGUUCCGUGACAGGGGCAUAUUCGGCUCUUUUUCACAAAGAAUAGGUGUUUGAGAAUAAAAGGAGACAUUGUUAACCCAAGGUACUAUCAAGAACCAUUUGCAGCCUGUGCAGAUAGAAGAAAAUACAAUAUUGAGUAAAGUGUAAUAAGCCUACUUAGAGGUUUGUCCAAGAUGAGUCAAACACAGCCGUGGCAGGUUCCCGGGUUUGACCCUGCUGCCAGCGGCAAGGUGCAGAUGUUCAACCCAGCCCAGUUUGACAAUAUUCAUCAACAGCCACCAUCACAACAACAUCAACAGCAGCCGCAGCAACAACAACAACACAAUGAAAACAACCAACAACAACAACAAUACCCAGCCACAGAUGGGUUUCAACUCAACCCCAAUGCAGCAAGCUUUAACAGCACUGGUUUUUCCCCCAUGGACCCUGCAAACAUGGCAGCCCCAUAUAUUAUGAAUGGGGGCUAUGAUAACAACUGGGGACAGCAGAGCUGGGGAACGGACUCCUGGAACCAGUGGAGCCAGCCAGCCGGGCAGUAUGGCUGGAAUGGUGGGGAUGGCAGUGGCUAUGGGGGAACCCAGGGGGAUUGGCAGAAUCUCGAACCAGGGGACGAGUGGGCCACCCAGGGGAAUGAGCAGUGGAAUACCCUGGGGAAUGAGGAAUGGAAUAGUAAUACCCAGGGGAAUGAAUGGAAUACCCAGGGGAAUGAGUGGAAUGCCCAUGGGAAUGAUGAGUGGAAUACCCAAGGAAAUGGUGGGUGGACACAGGAUCAGUCUCAGCAGGAUGGGGAACAACUGACCAACCACGUCCAGUCUGGUCAGUUUUACUCCAGUGACCAUGGGCAACAUGUAGAUGGACAUGUGCCACAGAACACUGGGCAGCAUGUUAAUCAGGAGGACACGGGGGAGCAGAAAGAACAACAGGAAGGUUACCAUAGCAACACUGAUUAUGAACAGUUUCCAAGUUUAAAUGUCGAUGGUAUUGAUCAGGUGCCUGAUCAUGACAAUUCGCAAUCUGUGAAAAAUAAAGAGGAAAUACCUGUUACGUCAGAUGUUUCUGGUGGUGAUCCAUCUGUCAACAAUCAGUACCUUGCACCAGGCGGACAGACUGGUUUGGUGAGGAAUUUAUCAAACAUAAGUGAUUCUAGUCUCGUGACAGUGAACUUCUCCCGUCAGAAUUCUGAGUAUGAGAGGGAUGAUAGAGAAAAGCUAAGGGAGCAAGUGGCCACUUUAUCCAUUCAGGAUACCCUAGGGGAGCACAGAGGUGAUCCUGCUGGUGCACAGGUCUUUAACCCUCAUGCUCACUUCAGUAACCCCGAUAUGCAAUCACACUCCCCCUUUGAUGACCUGGUUCAAGGGCAAGGUCAUCAGCAGGGUGAAGGUCAGGUCGGAGGUCAAAUGGAAGUGAAGGUUGCACCAGGUCACAGUACGGAGAGCUCUUUUAACAAGCCACUUUUUGUUGUGGGGGGUUCUGCUGACACCUCGGCUCACAACAGUGCCGCAGGGUCCCCUGCUCCUCCGGACGUUCACCCGGAACAGCAACAGCAGAAUGCUCAGGUACAUUCCCACCCUCAGCACAUCCAACAACAACCACCACCAGAGGGCAGUGGUGCACCAGUCCAAGACAGACCACCUUCAGACCACCAGCAGCAUGGAAGACCUCCAUCCUCUCAAUCUGUUCAUUCUAAUGCCAGUGCACAGAGUGGAGAUAGACUGCUCCACGGUCAUGGAGAGGCUGCCUCUAUUUCUACCACCACUGUCCUGGGGUAG